GGUCGCCGUCCAGUUCUCACGGAGCCUAGUCGGAAUGUGCUUACAUAAUCUGCGAUGGAACAUCAUCUCGCACUUGCCUAGCUGACAGUCGAUAUGUCUUCGACGAAGGGAAUCCGAUCCCCCCGAGGCGUACGUGAUUCGGCGUCCUCCGGAUAGAACGCGAUGGCCACGCUCAACAAAGAGAUCAUGAAGAUGUUAUCAUUUGCUUUGUCUCGAUGACCAAAGUCUCGAGAUGUUUUUCCUUUGUUGACGACGGUCCGGAUCAGGAUGCGCCGAUGCGGCUUUACAAAUCCUUUAUCAGAGCAAGUCCCAAAUAUCGGGGCAAUUCGCACGGUUGUCAAGGUGUCGUCUACAACACACUUUCACCACCCUGCACAAUGUCGUACGACGACAAUGAUUUUAUGGACACCGAGUCCAGCAAUUCCGGGGACAUGGACCAUGACAUGGGCUUAGAUGAGUCCAGUCUCAAUGUCGCCGAUGGUUCCCCCGGCAAGAGUAGCCCAGGCACAGAUCCGACGUCUCCAGUUCCAGAUUUAGACUCAAAUUCAGGUACGAGCUCAAGUUCAGCUUCGGAGCCUGAGUGGCACGCGAACAACGCUGUACUGGGCUAUGUGAAUCUCAGGACAAUCGAUACUCACAAGACAUUUGGAUAUUCUGGGGACCGAGCAUUGAAAGCAGCAAGAUGGCGAGCCGAAAAGGAAGUUAACAUGGGCUUGUGUCAUCGGAUUACGGAAACGCCCAAGGCGGGAAGACCUAGGAGAGGUUAUGGAAAGCUUGACGACUUUCACCGGAUUCAUCCUAUCUUUCGCGCGGAUAAUUGGAGUUCAGAUGACCUGAUUAUCACAACAGCACAAAACGGGUAUUGGGAAAGGCUGAAACCAGUAUUGCAACUAGCCACUCUUCUCUUGGAAGAUGAGAGCAUCGUUGGCUAUAUUUACGCUUUCCUCGAUGUCAACUCUCACAAGGAGAUCGCUCUACAAGAUGGCAAAAAAGGUACACAACGCAAAGCGUACUGUUUCAGAAAACGCGAUAACAUGGGUGAGCCUGAAAGAAGGCAGGUCUGGAAGUACUUAUACGAGCUGUCAACAAAUUUGUGGUGGACAGAAGAGGAUUUUGCCGGCGAGAAGAAGAAUUGGCAUGCCUACACGUCCGGAGAAAGAGGCUCGAUCGAGAUUUUCCUAGACAAGGCACACAUAGAUCACGUCUGUAGGGAGGUCUCACCAGUGCAAGAUGCUAUCGACUGGGAACCCGGCUCGGAUGAGGAGUCUGCUCGACUCAGAGCCAAGUUUGGUCUGGCGACUACCAUGGUGCACGAGGUCAUGCAUGCCUUGUGGCGCAACAACAACCAUCCCAGUCCCGAGCCAUUUUACAUGGAUACUAGGGCUGCAGAGCUGGGAUUCCAGUGGGAGCAAAUCAUGUACUCGGGUGUCAUAGAUAGUGCUACUGCUACCGUUGACACAGGUGCACCUUAUUGUCUCACCAUCUAUAGAUGGCCCUCACCAGAAGAAGGUACAGAGCGGCCCAAGGAAUCUCGCAUGAGCCACAAGAAGUGGGGAGGCUCUGACGUAGUCCAUGAAUACGCCGUCAAGAUGAGUUUUAUUCAGAACAUGUUCACGCAUGACUUCUGGGCAGAAGUUGACCGUUUUGGCAUUGGCAUGUUCUCGCCUCGGGGAAUGUUGGGCGUACGCUAUUAUGAAUCGACGGAACUCUGGGAAGGUGAGAGUCCGACUAUAAGGGGACCGGAAGCUCUUGAGCCCGUGAGCCCGGAUUAUGCAGAUGCUCACGGAAUCAUCGAUCGACAUGGAGUCUCUCACACGGCGACAGGUUUUGGGUUUGGUAAGGCAAUCUUCGCAACCAAGAAUUAA